GGUUCCAAGACUGACGAGACAGCCAAAGAAGCUGGACUAGAAGCCAUUCCCGAGGAAGUGGCUCCUGAUGAAGAGGACGAAGCAGAUCAGGAAGGUGAAGGUGAUGAUGAGAUUGAUGAUGAUGAUCAGGAACUAGAAGAUCAGGAGGAGGACGAUGAGGGAGGAGAAGACGAUAAUGAAGAUGAAUAUGAAGUUGAGGAACAGGAGGAGGAGGAUGAAGCACCCCCAUCCCCAGCAGUGGAACAGCCAGCCAAGAUAAGGCGAACUGCUGCAAAGGGCAAAGCCUCGAAGCCUGCAGAGCCACUCCCAGCACGACCAGAGGUGCAUGACCGCUGGGCAAAGGGAGGUGAUGUUCGUAAGGCCUUGUUGGCUGAGCUGGAAGCUGCAGACUGGAACAAGGACUGCUUCGUGAGCCGGGUGACAAAGACAUCUGAAAGGGUGAACACGUCAACUGCGCACCGCAAGCGGGGAUGGUACACGGUGGAAGGCAUGUCCACAAUCCUGAAAUGGAGCAA